AUGACUGCUAGUGAACGAGAAAAUCUGAUAUUACGUAAGAUACUAGAAGUGCGGAAAAUUGGCCGGGGAAAGACUCCUCAUGAAAUAUUGCAUGAAGAAGCAAAUGGACGACUUAGAGGACUUGAUAUCUCUUAUAAUCAACAGAUUUCGUUAGAUACAAAGCUAGAAUACUUAAUGACGAAAGCACAAGCUGAAGAACUAGAAGUAGUUGGAGCUGUGAUUGAAGAAGCAGUAGCUAGAGAACUAGUAGGCGUAGAAAAAGCUUUAGAUCUACUGAUUGGUGCAAUUCAUUCGCAAAGGAGUGCUGAAGAUUUAGGACUUAUCUUUCAAAGUAUUAAGCGAGUCUUAGCUAAGGACUGGAUGGUUGGGAUUGAGUUGGUGCUGGCGAGAGUUGAUCUGGCGGGAGGACAGGGUAGGGCCUGGGGAGUAGUUCUUUCUGAAGUAGCUAAGAUAGUAGAAGAGCCUAGUUUGACUUUGCAGAAGGUUUUGAUGGACUUGCCUGAAGGCCCUAAAGUAAGUGCUUUGGCCAAUCUAGUCUUAGAUAGAAACAAAAAUUUUGAUUUCCAAAUUGGGAAAAAUUCGGUUGUUUUUCAGAAUAUCAGUACAUCUGAGGCCGAGAAAAUGAUAGCUGAAUUAGUGCUUGGUAAAGUAUCUGAAUCGGUCUUACAAGUAGUUCUUCGAUUUUUAAUGGAUACGGCCCAGAAUCUUAUCUUAGGGGGACUAAGUGGGUAUUUUACUAGGGAGACUUUAGAACAGUACAUAGGACGGUUGAGUAUUCCGGAGAUUGGCGUGGCUUUAAUAAGGAUUUGGCGACGGAAUAAUGAUUUAUCUGGUUUUGGUCUUUUAUCCGCUCAGGAUCUUAUUGCUUUGGGAGUUUGGUUACUCUCAUCUGGAGAAGGUAAAGAUCUCCAGACUGUCUAUUUUGAAUAUUUACAUGAUCGCAUAGUAAGUUUGUUAAGUGUUGAUAAGUGGUUGGUAAGUAAGAUAUGUUUGUCAAGUGAUUUGCUAGUCUCUUGUCUCUCUACUAAGACUGAGGAUCCUCAGGAACUUAAAACUAACCUAUUACAAGACCUAUCGACUUAUGCUCUUAUUCCGGACAGUUCCCAGCCUCUUCUUCAGAUCUAUACUCGUCUAAUUAGACCGACUAUUCCUUGUUCGAAUACUCGUGCUUGGUUGGACUCUAUUAUAGCCCGAAUGGCCGAAAUCUACCCAGAACCCUUAGAUUUAGCCGAUUACUUAGAUAAUAUCACAGAAGAGUUGGCUGGUACACCCGUUCUAGUGCAUAUUCUCGAGCAGAUCUACCAAAUGACUCGGCAUUCAGUUGUCCAGGCAGCUUUAACUCAUACCCGGCUUCCACUUGUAGCUGCACAAGCUAAAGCCCGCCAACUGGCCUUAAAUGACUUAGCUACGGCCUUACAAACCACUAUUGACUCUACUGCUGAAAAAACAACAAUAAUCACAGAUAGUAUCAAAGUAGGCACUAAGUACUUGGUUGCAGAACUUAACCGUAUGCCACCUGCCUCUCUAGCUAAACUCCUAGAAACUCCAUCUCUAGCUGCUCUUCUUUGGCCGCUUCUUUACCCUAACUAUAAGCACUACGAAACCAAUCUGUUAUGCGCUCUAACUAGAACUACACAUUUAUCCAACAAUUUACCCCAUGGUCUAGCUAAGUACCGCCCUGAGUCUAUUCUCCUGCCAACUUCUGAAGUUCAUUUAUUUCUGGUCUUCUUCUUACUAGAUACUCAGCAUCCUUUACAGUACUUGCAAAUUCUAGAUCGUACUCAGUUCCUAACUGUACCUGAUCCAGUUGGUCUUACUCAGUGGCGAGUUAGUCAGUCAGCAACCACUAUACAGUACUUCUACCAGGACAUUCCUCAAGAUCUUACUUUAGAUAGUGAAAAGCAAGCCUUACUUCUUUCUCGAGUUGAUGCCCAGGGAUACAUUAGUUUGUCUCUUCUUCAAGACUUACUUCAUGCCCAGGCCAUUGCUUGUUUGGCCAAGAACUCAUUGAAAGACAUUGCAGUGCAUGCUCUGACCGGCCGUUACAUUGACCCCAAGAAAGAAGGACCGGCUGGUCUUCUCCAUCUAGCCAAAACACCUUAUAUCCGGCACAUUCUGAUCAAGUACAUGGAAGGCCGGCCAGAGUACAAAGUCUUUGCUACUGUUCUUCCUGAACUACAAAGUACUCUUCCGGCUCCCCAUCAAAAAGAACCUAAGCUUUGGCCCCGAUCAGUACCACGAGUAGUAACUGCCCAAGCUACAGAGACUGAGCAUAAAGAAGAUCUCCGACGAACCGGACGUCUUAUUGCCCACCGAGCAGUUGCCUCGGGAAACAUUGAGGAAGAAGAAGUGACUCUUGAUAAAUACCCUCUAGAUGACCUUCAGCGCAUAGCCAAGUACUUCUUCAUUGAAAUCAAUCGGUUUUGGAAGUCUGAUAAGGAAGUGAUUUCUAAACAUUUUGAAAGUGUUCUAGAUAGUUUUACUCUCUUUUUAUCUCUUAAAGAGGCUAUCUUUGCCGAAACAGUUCUUUUUGCCUAUCUCAACUGUCAUCCAGAGCCAUCUCCCAGUGCUAUUCUGGUCCUUAAAGCCGUCUUUAUCCAGAAGUUCUGCCAGGCUAAUGAGAGUAGUCUUACUAGAAUUAUCCAAUCAUUCGACCAACUUAAUCACUUGCCCCAUCUUGUUCCUUCACUAGCCGAAGCUCUGGACUCUAUUCCCACUACUUAUUUGGAAUCUUUCUUAUCUCUAGAAGAGAGUACACUUCUCUUCUUAGCCACUUUAAAGCACUUAGUGGGUAAACGGACUUAUCCUGAACAUUCACUUGCUAUUGCUCGGUCGUUAAGUUUAUUAGAAUCACGUAAUGAUGAUACAGUACGCAGUGCUUUAACUUUGCUCAAAGAAGAGUACUUGGCCGCUCCAGAAGCUGAUGUAUCACAAACUAUUCUGGCUGCAGCCUUCCGCGCCCUCUUUUUGCGAACCAAACUUGAUGCCGCCGGAGAAGUAGCUCUAGCCAUUAUUCAGCACGCCAUCUUUACUAAUGGGUACUCCCUUACGCACCAGCAAGUAGAUGACCUUACCUGCACGAUCAAGUACGAUCUCUACCAUUACCAGCACUUACUUCUUCAUUUCAUUGCCGACUUACCGGCCGAGGAACUCAUGGAGAUAAUCAACAAAAUCAACACACCCGAAGCUCGAUCGGCCCGACCAGCAAUCAAAAAGGCCAUCAGUCUUUUCCAGCCCGCGCCACGUGAAGGCAUUCGUAUUCUAUCUCGCUUACUUGCCCAAGCCCGUACGGGAUCUAUUCGAGAUCGACUUUUUGUGUUGGAUAUUAUUGCUGAUAACAUGGCCAAGUUCGUGCAAGGCGCAUGGUUCACUCUCUUCUUACAAGUAUCCGAGCUAAUUGCUAAUGAAGAGUCUCUUGAUAUAACAACCAAACUUAUCUCUCUACUUCGUACGAUCUAUAACGCCACUCCUAACAAAGUCCAAAUCAAAAACCUGUACCGGGAGUGGAAGCAAAAGUCUAAACUGCAAGAACUUGUGGCCAAAAUGUCACCCGUCUUUUCAAAACAAAGACUAGAAGAGUCUGAAAACCACUAA